AUGGCCGCCGGAGCGGCGGGACGCCGGAAGGAGGCCAACGCCGGCAGGAGUAGGUCGGCGACGAAGGGUUUGGCGCCGCUUAGCCCGAGGAUCUGGCUCUUCCUCGGCCUCCUGACUCUGCAGUACGGGGCUCAGCCCUUGCUGUCCAAGCGUUUUACCGGGUACUCUACCUCCCCUCCCCUAUUUCGCUCCAUCGUUCCGCCGCCAGAUUUCCUUUCCUCGAUGUAGUCUUGGAAACUUGUCCCAUGGUUUGUCCGGUUUUUGGUUUUUUGAGGUACUGGUUGACAGAUUGCUGCGUCAUGAGAAUGACAGAGAAAAGAGACCUUUCCCUUCGUGAUUAGAUCAGUGUAAUCUGUUCGGCUUAGAAGAGAAGGAGGUAGUGAUGUACGGGGAUGGAUUGCGUUGUCAAUAAUUUUCGGACCGAUUACUGGUCAUUGAUCCUUGUGGGUGCUGCUGCUAUCCAAAUUAGUUGGCGGUUUUAUGGAUGAAAUGUGAAUUAAUUGAGCUGCGGUUAUGGUUUUUGGCUGUGUCAUGCUCUUGCAUUGUGAGACAGAAGACUUUCUACUCAGGUUCCUGAGUACACCAUGUUAGGUAGCUGCUGAAAUUUUUAAGUCUGUCAUUGUGGCCCUCUGAAGAUUGAUAUGCCGAUAGGAACUUAACUUUGUUGUUCUAGUUUUCUCCUUAAGAGGAGUGGAAUGAUCCCAUUUUCUCUUAGGAGGUAACAUCUUGGGCUCUUAGCAGGUAGCAAGUUAAUUCUAGAUUUUCUCUGAAUCCUAAUAAUAAGGCUCUGCUUCUUCAGCCUUCUGUGAACGCAAUUGGACUUCUGUUAAUUCCAUCUCCUUGGCAUUCCUGAUAUCCUCUACUUUUGCUGCUAUGCAAAGCUCUUCAUGAAUCGUGGCAAUAUUGAAGGCUUCGUUGAUGUUUCUUGCCCGACUAACCUUAAACUUCGGUUGAGUUUCACCUCCAAGUUUACUGGCAAUGCAGUUAAUGUUGAAUCUCUCUGGAAGCCCUCGUCCAUCAUUGAAUUGUUGUGAGUGGAAGCAAGAUUUAUUGGAUCUGAGGAUCCACUCUGCAUUGGAUCGAACACAGCUCUAGAUCUGAGAUAUGAAAAUUGAAGAAAAUGUUAGAAGUGAUUCAUUUCAAUCAGAAGUUCACUAAAGAGAAAGAGAAGAAAGAUUUACGGAUACAGGAGGAAAAGAUGGGGAAGGUGGAAGGGAGAAGAGAAAUCUGAACAGGGAAGCAACUGAAUGAAGUAUUCCUGACGAUUUUUUUAAUUUCCUUCCUCUCACUUAUCGUUCACAUGAGCAUAGGGAAUCUAUACUCGGGCGUUCCCCGGAUAGGUGAGGAAUCACUCUUGUUCCUGCUGUUGACAUCCGGUAAUAACCCCCAGAAAAGGCCCAAGUGUUUCUUAUAAAUCUGGACCUGAAACUACCACCUGGUGGACCCUAGAAAUGGAUGCUGGUUAUUAUACACACUUGCCAACAAGUUGCAGUUACUUUGAUUACAACUAGAGAUAGGAGCCAUUGGAGGAGGUGGGGCGGUUGAUAGACUGUCUAGAUGGUGCGGUCCGGAUGGCGGACAAUCUCUGCUCCUGGUUGGUUGUAGUAGGAGCCUGGUUCAGCUGGGUGACUUAACAUCCAGCGGCACACUAGCUUCCAUUUGCCAAAUCUACUUGUGGUGGCAUGGGGGCUCAGGUGGCUUCCCACCACUGGUGAAUGUGCUUGGCUGAAGAUUUUCUGAAAUUCGUAGAACUCUCAAGGCACGUCCUUUUGAAGAGACUUUGGAUUGGUUCUGUACAUGAAACUUAGAAAAUUAGCAAAAUAUUGGGAUGUAGGCAAACAACUGCAUAUUGUUUUCUGGUCUCAUAUUACAAUUGAAUAUUUGUACACAGGUUUUUUAUUAAAAAAUUGGUAUCCCGGUUUCUGGUUGGACGAGAAUCUCCUUGUCUUUCUCUUAGUAAUGAUGUGAGUAUUGUGUUGUACACUGGUUCACUCAGUUGGUCUUUUUUUUAAUUUAUCAGUGAAUUGCAUCUGUUCACACUGACUUUAUACUUGUAUGUUCUCAGAACUAUGGACAAUUUCAUUAUAUUUAGAUGAGAUGCCGUUUUUUUUAUCAGUAGAAUUUUUAGUCAUAGCUGUGGAAUUUUUUUAUUGAGUUAUUCAGCAUUGUCCCUAUAAAGUUAAUAGCUGUCCUAUAUCUCUGUCUACUAUGUAUUUUUGAAGGAAAAUAUCCAUACCAUUUAUAGUAUCUUAUCUGCGACAUAGAUUCCUAUUGUUAAAUAAUAUAGUGACAGCGGUCUUACUUGCGAUCCCCCAGUUUGGGAUCUAUGCAUUUGGUUUUUUGAGUAAGUUCUUUUCUAUAAAAUUCAGAGAUCUAGCAUCUACAUUACAUUGCAAUGUUUUAGUAAGUUCCUGGAUAUCUUCCCUGACUUGUAGUUGAUGUCAACUGGUCCGUAAGCUUUUUUUAAAAUUUUUCUGUAGCAUAGAUAUGUAAGAAAUGAAUAGGUUAAUACGCUCUGAUAUCAGCAUUUUUUCUCUUAACUUUAACAGGAAAGAUGUUAUUGUAACCUCAUCAGUUAUAGCUUGCGAGGCUGCCAAGGUAUCAUUACAAUAUUGCAGUGUAUUGAAAAAGAUGAAAUCAAUUUUUUAAAACUUAAUUCAUUGUUCCACUCAACCAUUUAACAUCUAUUUUCGUCUUUUAGGUUAUAUGUGCCUUGAUAGUCCUGGCAAAAGAAGGUACUUUGAAGAUAGUGUUCAAAGAGUGGUCUUUCGUGGGCUCCCUGAGAACAUCUGGUCUCCCUGCCGCUGUUUACGCUCUGCAGAAUAGCUUGUUACAGAUUUCAUAUAAGAAUCUUGACUCGCUUACUUUCUCAAUGCUCAAUCAGACAAAGAUAUUGUUUACAGCAUUUUUUACGUACUUCAUCUUAGGGUAUGUGUUUCCCAUUUUUUUGUCCCAAUUUAAUAUUUUUUUAUGUUUUUGUAUCAGAUGUUAGUUUAUAGAGCAUCUUGCUAAGCGAAUAAUGGUAACUGUGCAAGGCAUUACUUCAUGCUUUCCCAGGACUAAGAUCCAGUGUAGAGUUUAUGAUUUUCAUCUUGGUCAUCAUCUCUACUCAGAAUAUCAUUAUUGUCUUUCUAUUGUAUCUCUUGAAGAUCUGUUGCCUGGUUUGUUGGUUUCAAUCUUAUUGUUCUUGAUUUGUCGUGAUUUUCUACCUAGGUGUUAACAUGGCAUUAACUUUUUUUCUUGGUAUUAUGGCACAAACUUGGAAACACUGGUUCAUCGUUUUGAGGACUGUCUCUGCUAUGUUGUGUAUUCAUGUCCCCAAGAAGAGAAUUGACAUUAUAGUAGAAGCUACAGCGUCAUGCAUGGAUCUCCAAGAGGCAUGGAGGGUGAAUUAGAAUGGACUCGACAUAUGCAGAACAGCUAUACUAUUCGUGAAACUAAGAGGCCCUGUCUCAAUUAAAGGAUGUAAAACAGAGGAGAUAAUCAUGAAAUUUAUACUUUUAUUUAACUUUUUGUUAAUAAUAGCGAUAAUAACGGCAACUAUUAUGUCAAUAGUUCAUCAAAUUCAUCUAGUUGUUGAUUUCAGAGACAUGAACCCUAUCCUACCAUUUUCCAUAUCACAUAUCAUUUUAUAUCGAGCAAUUGAAAUAUUUUUCUCGUUUUGAACUUCCCUUUUCUUUCUAGGAGGCCUCACUAUUUAUGCUUAUAAAUCUUAAUUGGUGAGCAUACAGCCUUUGAGUACCUAAGCUCAGAUCAAGAUUGUUCAACUGGGCCUGGGGCUCAAGUUAUGCUCUUUUAAUUCUGUCAAGACACAUUUAAAGCUCCCUUAUCAUUGUUAGGGCCUUUUUACUACCUUUGGUAGAAGAAAAAGUAAUUUUUUUUUUGGGUCAGAAGAGUAAAAGAUUGACGUGUGAAGAACAGUAAGCACCUUGUGGCUGCCAUUCCUCUUCCAUUUAUCACCACCAUUGCCAUUGCUUGUUACUGCAAUCCUUUGUCGUUUGUCUGAACUGUUAUUUGUUAAUGUUUAUGUCAGUUGCAGGAUAUGGCACACGUCUGUUCACCCAUGUUGGGGCAAAUAGCUAUGCUUCCCUCAUUUUAUACAACGAUGUUGUCCCAUUUCUCCAACACCCAGCAUUCAUCUUUUCUAUAAAUGUAUUAUCUUGCAUUAUCAUUACACGUUGACUUUUCUACAGUUUGCCGGUAUUCAAGUCACAUAAGUGAUCAUAUUCAGCUCUCUGACAUUUACAGCUCGUUUCUCAUAGCAGCCAUGCGCUCCAGUUCUUAUAUCAGAAACCUUGGUCGUCUGAUGAAAAUGGAGCUAAAUACAUAUACAUACACUAUGUAUCUAACAAUUUUCAGUAGAUGAUCUAUCAAUAAGGAUUAAUAUUUAUUCCAUUACAUUGGAAACAAUGGAAAAAUUCUGUUCGCAGGAACUGAACUCGCCUUGUGACACCUUUCUAUGGUUUGGGUGAUCCGCAGUCAGAAGCAGUCUGCAAAGCAAAUCGGAGCUCUUGGUCUACUGAUGAUAGCCGCCAUACUUCUGAGCAUCGGUGAAAGCUCCACCAAGGGCGUCAGCAGCGCCGGCCCCAAUCAGAUCCUGGUCAACGGGAUAAUCCCUGUUCUUGUUGCUUCUGUUCUGUCCGGUCUGGCUUCCUCUCUGUGCCAGUGGGCCUCACAGGUCAACGCCAUACUGCUCAGAAACAGCGAGGCACCUAUCAACUUUGCCGCACUGUGAAACGCUCUCUGUUUCCAUCACAGGUAAAGAAGCGGACGUCGUACCUUAUGACUGUGGAGAUGUCUGUUUUUGGGACUCUGUGCUUGUUGGCGAGCACUAAUAAAUCCCCGGAUGGAGCGGCCAUCAGGAAGCAUGGGUUCUUCCAUGGGUGGACGGCGUUCACUGUGGUGAUUCUUCUCUGCCAUUUCUCCCCCUUCACCAUGGUGAUUUAUAUUUUUUAGUUCAGAUAUGGUUUUUUUUAGCUCUGAUCCAUCCAUCAGAUGAUGCUAUUUUUUACUGGGUUUUUGAUUGCUUUUUAUUUCCGAAAUAUGAAACAUAGGUCAAAAUCUUGUUGAAUAUUUUCUAAAGGUGGAGAUUAUUUUCAUGAUAUAAUACGAAAUGUUCCAAAUGUUCCUGGAAAUUAUUGUUCCCAUUGGACCAUUCUUUCUUAUGAAGAGAAUGAAUCUUUUUAAUUGAAGGAUCAGAAAAAAAUCGGUCUUGAAAAUAAAUGAGCUCUUAGUUGUAGAGUAUUAUUCUCGUCAGACUUGAUUACCUUUUUGGGUGCAUCGAGAAAUGGAAAAAUGGGAGCUUUUACUCUGAUCCUUCCAUCAGAUGAUGAUAUAAUUUAUUGGGUUUUUUAAUUGCUUUUUUUAAUCCGAAAUAUGAAACAUGGGUCAAUAUCUUGAUGAAUAUUUUCUAAAGAAGGUGGAGAUUAUUUUCAUGAUGGAAUUUCUUUUUGGGUGCAUCGAGAAAUGGAAAAAUGGGAGUUUUUACUCUGAUCCUUCCAUCAGAUGAUGAUAUAAUUUAUUGGGUUUUUUAAUUGCUUUUUCUAAUCCGAAAUAUGAAACAUGGGUCAAUAUCUUGAUGAAUAUUUUCUAAAGAAGGUGGAGAUUAUUUUCAUGAUAUAAUUUCUUUUUGGGUGCAUUGAGAAAUAGAAAAAUGGGAGUUUUUACUCUGAUUCUUCCAUGAGAUGAUAUUUUUUAUUGGUUUUCUUAUUGCGUUUUUUUGGUCCGAAGUAUGAAACAUGGGUCGAUAUCUUGAUGAAUACUUUUCUAAAGGAGGGGAGGAUCCCAUGAUUUUUAAUCAAGUGGGAAUUAUUUUCAUGAUAUAAUUUUUUUUGGAAAUGGAAAGAUAUUUCUAUUUUGGGAAAAAAUCCUGGUGAUAUUAUUUUAAAUGGGUUUUGCUCCAUGAAAUGAAGUGAAUUUUCAAUUAUUUUAAUUAGGAAAAAGAAUUUGUGUUGAUAAUUUCUCAAAGUGUGAGCAUUGAUUAGAGGUUUCUGUAAGUUCCUCCCCUAAUCAGUUGAUUACCCUCUCUUUGCCUCAGAUUCCGAUUCUAUCGAAUGCCAUCGGUGGGAUCCUUGUUGGCCUUGUCACGGCCCACGCUGGGGGUGUGAGAAAGGUAAGGCUCCUCUCUCUCUCUCUCUCUCUCUCUCUCUCUCUCUCUCUCUCUCUCUCUCUCCUCUAUCUUGCUUUUCAUUAUCCGACACUGAAGGGGGAUAUUUGGUGCAUAUAAAUCUGUAGGGGUUCGUCAUCGUCUCGGCUCUCCUGGUGACGGCGCUUCUGCAGUUCGUGUUCGACGGGAAGGCCCCAUCAGCGUACUGCCUCGCGGCCCUUCCACUGGUCGUCGGCAGCAUCUCCAUCUACCAGAGGUACCCCUACUCUGUCAAGCCCAAGGAAUCCUGA